AAGCAACUUCAAGAACGCGGAGAUCCUCUAGAGUCCAAAUGGUUUCAAUUUGUAUACAUCGGCUGUCCUCUGUAUGUAUAUUCCAGUCCACUACUCACCGGUAUUUAGCCUGCGCAGAUAGACUUCAAGACUAUGUCUGACUGUGCCUUAAGACCGUCAGUAUUCCCAAACUGAUUGGUCAGUCCCCGUAAUUUGGCGAGGGGUUUUUACAAACAUGUUGAAUGAUCACAUGCCCACUUACGUGCAUAAACAGCGAUUGAAGCUGGUGAAAGUCACCGAAUGGAAUCUUCCCAGAUCACAACGAGGCCUUGGCAGAACAGAUAUGUGGGUACUGCCCUGUGUCCAACCGAUAAAACUACCCGUGUCUUCCAUUCAUUGCAAAGGCCCGCUAUCUCUUUCGAGCCCUGACUUACAUCCAGUUUCGCCACAUCCCUUGACUGGUGAACUCUCCGUCGGAAAGUGUACUCGCUCUUUCCACCCGCAUUUCUCUUUAGCGCCUAUCUGGCUAUGGAUGUUCUGGGUCAUGGUCCUGCUAUUACUCCACCGACGAUCACCACAGGAUGGGCCGCGAUGGAUAGGACAGUGAAGGAGGUGGAUGAAGUGAAGAUCAGAGACUUCAAGGAGGAUAUUGACACUCUUCUUGUUCUUGCUGGAUUAAUGUCAGCUGCCAUCACUACGUUCCUUGUCGAGUCCUAUAAGGCUCUCCAGCCGGACCCAAAUGACGCAAUUAUCCAGCUCCUGUCGCAGAUCGCUGCACAAUCAAUAGCAUCUAACAAUUCCAGCCAUAAUCUUCCUCCGAAAUCCGCGUUUGUACCACCAAGCUGGGCAAUUCGCGUGAAUGUCCUGUGGUUUGCCAGUUUGAUCUUCAGCCUCGUCACCGCUUCAUUUGGCAUGCUCGUGAAACAAUGGCUACGCGAAUUCCUUGCCGCAAAUGAAGAGUCGACUUCGCAUCAAGCGCUUUUGCGUGUGCGCUUCUACCGAUAUCAUGGGUUGCUGGGGUGGAAGGUUUUCGAGAUCGUUGCUAUUCUACCCAUGCUUCUGCAGUUGGCUCUCGGGCUCUUCCUCUUGGGUCUCUGCUUCUUUGCAUCUUCCGUGCAUAACAGCGUCGCUCGAAUCUCUAUUCCAAUAGUUUCUAUAUCGGUCUCUAUCCUCCUUGCCGUAACCUUGGCUCCUGCCUUCUCCCCUCGUUGUCCUUACAAGACGACGUUCCUCAAGGGUCCGAUGAGAUCGUUGAGAAAACUCUUAUCGCGCAUCACUUUUCUACGUAGGCUCUAUAUGAAGCAUAGCACCACUGCCGCGUCCCACUUAUUCGGCGGUUUUGCGUCGAGCAACAGCGAACAACUUGUUCGGCGUCCCAGUUAUGGAAGGGAUGGGAACGUGCCUAAGCACAGUUCCUCUGGAUCUGUGGAAAUGGCUAGGUCGAUUUCUAGCUCAACUGCUUUGCUUGAAAGCCGUGCUCUGAUCCCAUUUGAGGAGGAAGACGCUGCAAUGGAUGAUGAACUGGACAUCGAGAUCUUGCUCUCUGUUGGCUCUAUUCAGAAUGACGACGGAGUUCUGGACACCCUGGUAACGAAAUCAUUCUUGCAGACGCAACCCAAGGCAUCAGAUAUAAUUGUAUUUGUGCUCCGCGUCAUAAAGCACCGACUCCAGAAGAGGAUCGUGACCACCGGGGUUCCACUCACCCUCGAUCUUCGACGAUUGACCGCGGGCGCUUGGUUUGUGCUUAUCACUGUUGUUGCAGAUACUCUGUACCAAGAAGUUCAGCAGCAAUCGACAGACACGGAGCGACCUCCGGAGAAGCUCCAGUGGCUGGAAUGGAUGUACGAUGCAUUGGCCUUAUUGACUGCAGUCUCUCCUUAUGUACUACCGCAGGAAGCCAACCGGGCUCUUUCAUCCAGCCUCGUCAGUGAUCCAAUAGGGUCUCUGCAAGCUGUAGUCUCCCGGACACCCACUGUGUUCACGGACCAAGACUCUGAUUAUGUGGUUCGCAGACUACGAGACGCGUUAGUGCCACUUGAUCGUCAGAGCCUGCGUUUAUACGCACAAGGCCUCUUGAGCAAACGACUCUCUCAGCAUUACGGGGAUGAUAUUCAAGAUACCCUCAGAUGGGCUGAAUAUCUUCAAGCUCAGUUGGUUUCGUUCUGUGCUGAAAGACUAGGAUUUAUAGUUGUUGGUCUAUAUCAGCGGCAAUUGCAGACCCGCCAGUUCUACGUGGUGUUGAUGCUUUCACAAACUAUCAAGCAUCGACUUCACUUAGAUAUCACAGAGCUAUUAUCGUCACACUCCAUUAUUAUCUUCCGUAACCUCACAGUUCAGGAAUGGCGGACAAUUUUACGGGUCGCCGCGUUGGUGGUUGAAGCCGAAAUUCAGCAAAGACCUAAAGGCAGGGUUGACGGACGGUUCGAAUGGUCGAGCACCUUGCGUGAAGCAGCGCUAAUCCUCUUUGCUCGUUUCGACCACCCCAUUUCACAUGGGGGGUUGAAGGCGAUAUCUGACUGUCUCAUCCAUGAUCCCGUAACAACGGUUCAAUUCGUGGCUAGCCGAGUCCAGGAGGAUGCGGAUCUGAAUGAUUUCUAUGUUCAGCGGAUUUGUGCUGCACUGCGUCUUUGCCAAGCAGACGACAUCAUAGGGUUCAUCAAGAUCAUGUUGCAUGAACGACUGUGGGUGUCUUCUGUCGCAGGGAUGCCGCUGGGAAUGCACAUCGUUGAUGCGUUACUCAAAGACAGCUCGAUAUUAACCACCCUUCUUGACCUUCCGGUUCAGAGUUCCUCAGAGAUGGUAGUAUCCCUCGUAUUGGAAAUCUGCGACCAUCUGCUUCGUAAGAAUAUUGGAGAUGGCGGCCUCACAUCUUUUAUGGACUUCAGUUCGAUAGAGCUCAAGAUAUGGGAUGAACUCAUGGAGGCCUUAGCUAUGGCAAUAAACAAAGAACUCGAAGUCCAGUCUCGCACUAGCCCGCCAUUUCAAUGGUCAAUUUGGAUAGAAGAUGCCAUAACCGUUAUCCUCUCCAAAUUUACAUUCACACUUCCGGAGAAAUGCACAGAGGUCAUUGGAAAGCUGUUCUCCCUCGAUCACUGCACCCUUUCCAACAUCAUUGUGGCUCGCAUCUCUGACGAAGCGGCCCCACAAGGAUGUGCUUUUGCAUCUCUUUUGAAUAGACUGGACCCUGUUCUGGCAUCGCUGCCGCAGGAUUCCCUCUUCAUCUGUCUGCAUACUUUGCUGGAGGCCAGAUUUUGUCAUGAUUCCACUCAUCAGCAUUCCGAACUUCUAGCAUUUGUUGAAACUCACUGGAGCACAGAUAUCACGUCGGAGACUCCGGGCUUUGUGAGUUCCGUACUUACAAAUCGGAUCGGGGAAAUCAUAGCGGAAGGUGGUGACAUAUGGGACGAUUGGAACCAACAAGCAGCUUCCGUGAUAUUCACGCCCAGGCCUAUCAACAACAAAUCCAUGGCUUAUGUCGACCAGUGGGACAAGAGACCAAUAUGGAUGCUUGAUCUUCUACUAGAUGAGAGAACUACACCGUGGGCUCUCUCCCUGGUUGCAUCUAGGCGAUAUGUUCACGCUGGCGAUGUAUUGCUUCGAGCAUACGCCGAAUCCGGCGAUGCAGGCCGUCUCAUGAUAAUUGAGCAAAUCACAACGUUCCUUCGCGAUCCAUCAUCCGAAAUCCCUCAAGCUCAACCUUUGGACUAUGUCUUACUGUGUCACACGCUUAUGAGACUAUACAGAGAAACGGCAGUCACAUACGUUCACCAAAAGCUCUACCAAAUGGACAGCAAACUGCUGUUGGGAGCUUGGCCCCAGCUCUGGCUCAUUCUGGCGUCGUUGUUGACAUCGCCACUAUUGGACUACACUCAGACCCGUGAUCCGGAUCGUGUGAGGUGGGCUACGGAAUGUUUGACUUGGAUACAGGAAUCCUUGCAUGCCACGGGUGCGAAUAUGGUGUUUCCGAGCACCCCUACAGAAUCACCCGCGAUCGGUGGGGAUCGUGACAUGGACAAGGAGAGAGAAGUGCCAGAUACUAAUGUAGGUCAAUCAGAGAUGAACGCAGAAGAAUCAGAUGCACCGAUGGAUCAAGGAGCUGUGUCGCUCACGGCGGAAGACUUCAUGCGUCUCUUUAGUGAACUAGAAGUAGAGCAAGUCCUAGAACAGGAGUCGCCAGCAGUUACUACUGACGAGCACUUACCAUUCGUCUACCCCGAACAGCUCUCAGAGAUAUUGAGAGUUAUCGCCGAUCCUGGCUACAAUCACGAUGACGCUGCCACUUCACUACAUGCCGAUGGAGACAGGCCUACAGAGACGAAACACUUAGACGCAGACUUUGCUGCUUUUGUUAAGUCUGGAAGCUCACGCAAUGAAGCCGACCAUACUGAGGCUGAUUCUAUUCCGGAGACUGAAUCUAUCUCGGAGACUGAAGUUGGAUCUACUGCAACAAAGGAUGUCACCUCGUCUCUCACAGAUGCCGGGUCUGAUGUCACGGAUGCAGCCCCUGUCACAGAGACAGAGGUUCAUGAUUCAUACCUAGGCGGAUAUGAUAUUGGAAAAGAGAGUGGAUUUACGGCAUCUAGCAAUCUCGGCACAGACACUCCGAUACUUCAGCCAGGCAUGGUAUUACAGGUUUAGGCUCUGAAUCGCUAUCAAUCUCAACCAUUGUAAUGUAUGUACUCUCGGAAAUUUUUAUCCCUAUGUCAUUUCGAAUGCGACCUUUGACCUAAAGGGUGGUGCUGUGGGCAGGUGUAGUCCGAAUAAUAUACUUUCAGAGCUGACGCUCGCACCUAAUAGCUACUACCAUGUAGAUGAUGAGGUUCUGUAACUUACUAUCAAUCAGGGAAGCUUCCAGACUUCAUGAUCGCAGCCUUUGACUUCCGUAUGCUCUAUGAUUGCAGUAGCUAUUGUAAAAUAACUGUUGCAUGUGGGCGGAUCAACAUGACAUAUGGAAACUGGACUACAUCUUCUCUUUCUCGCUCUCAACUCUUUCUAUUCUUUCUAGUUCGCCAGGAUUAGUAACAUCGAUACCCAUGCUUUCUGCUGC